CCAUCCCCGUCAGUUAGAAAUCUAUGAGCGCUUUCAACGUAAAGCGCCGUUUCUGUCGUAAAACUAGUGUCAACACAGCUAAACAAACUGAAAUCAACAGUACGGAUUUAAAGCCUUUUCGGAUUAUUAGGUACGUAAAAGGUAAAUUUGAAGUUAAUUUAGCGGCUUUUUAAAACUAAAUUUGUGUUUGUGGUCACAUUUACGUUAAAUAUUCGUGGCCUGCGUUGGUGCUAGAGGGUUGGUUAGCUUUCUUAGCCGCUUAGCAUAGUAGCUGCAGUUGAAGCUUGUUUUUAAGUGUACUCAGAGCAAGAAUAUCAAAAACCACUCAUAUUUAAGUUUUCAUAUCGCAAAAUCUUUCUGUGUGUGUAUUUAAAGGUGCCCAAGGCGAUGGCUGCGUCGUCUUCGUCCUCCUCUGCCGGGGGUGUGAGUGGCAGCUCGGUGACUGGAUCUGGAUUCAGCGCCUCCGAGCUCAUUCCUCCCAGGAAAGUCCUUUACACGUACCCUAAAGGAGCAGGUGAAAUGAUGGAAGGUGAGCUUAGACACAGAGGCCUUUAGAGGAUCUCAUCCCAACAAAAAAGAGCCGUAGAAAUCACUUAAUCACAUCACAGCACUUAAGUUUGAAACUUACAUCCAGACAGUUUGAGCCUCCCAGGUCUCCAUAGGUUGUGCUGAGAUCUAAAUGGUGUGCAUGAAGCCCACAUUGGUAUUGGUUUGGGUUCAAGCAUACGAAGUAAAGUUUAAAUGUGGUUGAAAGGUCAAAAACAGUUAAAAGCAAAAAUUUCUGUAGUCCAGCUACACCUACACUUUGCAAAACAAUGCCAUCAUCAAGCAAUACGCCACUCUAUAGCCAUCAACAGUACGUAUAGGGCCCCAGCCACAGUACUAGCCACCAAACAUCUUUUUAACUUUGCUUGAUUUUUUAGCAAAGAGACUAAACACAACUCACCUCCUCUCUUCCAGCAGCCGGUUGUUUGUAGCGAGACCUCGGGCCAGUCCAUUACGGACUACAGCGGGAUGACGCAGCUCAAGGAAGAACAUUUAUGAUCAUUUCUUCAUGGAAAUGCAAUCAGGCCGAGGCGCAAAGGCAGAAGUACUACAACAUCUGCAGUGCAAAAUGAUUAAUAUGGUGAAUAUUACGUCAAGGAAAUGAAAAAGAAAUUAUCAUAAAUGUUCUUCCUUGAGCUGCGUCACCCCGCUGUAGUCCGUAAUGGACUGGCCCGAGGUCUCGCUACAAACAACCGGCUGCUGGAAGAGAGGAGGUGAGUUGUGUUUAGUCUCUUUGCUAAAAAAUCAAGCGAAGUUAAAAAGAUGUUUGGUGGCUAGUACUGUGGCUGGGACCCUAUACGUACUGUUGAUGAAGUUAGGUGCUGUUCUGAGCAUUAUUUGUGGCUAUAGAAUGGCGUUUUGGUUGAGGUUUGUUUAUUGCUCCUCAGACCGCUGUGUAUUGCUAUGGUGUAGUUGUUACUAAAGUUGGUAUAAAAAGUCGGCAACAUUCAUCUCUCCCGGGGGUGUCUAACUCGGUGUUACCCUAAAUUAAUUUUAUGCCGGAAUAUCCAUUUCAUGAACUUUUUGAAAAAUUUCAGCUACACUGUGUAUGGUGUCAUCCUGAAUAGAGCAGGCAACAUUUUCAUUCUGUAGCCCUUCAUUAUCUCUUCACGUAGGACAAAUGUGUGCAACCGAGGCCAUCCUGCCCUUUACUCCUACUUUUGGUGUUGCCUUUUUUUGAAAAUCUGUAAUAGCUGUGGUUUGUUUGGACUUGUAUUAAAGCAAUCAGUGCUGCAGCUUUAAAAACAUCUAAGAAAGUGAUGAAUAGGACUUCUGAGGGUGUGAGGCUUUCUUUGUUUACUGCAAAACCCUGAAGGCCAGUUUUACAUAAUGCUGAGAAUUGCUCAACAGUCAACCUGAGACUUUUGUUUUGAACAGCUUGAAGGUCAGAUUCACUUUUCCCAUUAGCAUGGUGAACACAGAGGCUUUAGCUGUGUAUUUUACACAAAAAUCUCUACCCUUUCUAACUUGCUUCUUUACUUUUUCUGUCUUUCUAGAUGGUUCUGACAGAUUUCUGUGCGAAUCUGUAUUCAGCUACCAAGUUGCGUCCACACUUAAACAGGUUAAACAUGGUAAGUCAGGAACUGUAAAUUUAAAGGUUAUGCAACUAUCCUUUUUUGUGUGUGUGUGAUCCAUCCUAAAAUUCUAUCAAUUGUGCGUCUUUUCCAGAUCAACAAGUAUCUCGAAUGGAGAAACUGGCGAGCUUGGUGGAAGAGCUGGAAGCAGAUGAGUGGCGGUACAAACCUAUUGAACAGCUAUUGGGUUUCACACCAUCUUGAGUCAACACAUCCAGAUGUCUGAUAAAUAAGCCCAAUAAAAGGAAAUGGUCAAUCUCAGUUUAUAGAUGUUAUACUUAAUGCUUUUAUUCUGUAUCUUAUUUGUGUAAAAUUAUCAGAGACUGAUUGUAAGAUCACUUUUACUAUCCUGUGAACAUAGUUUAUCAAGGACAAAACCGCUCUCAAGAAAAAUAUCACCACAAAGAAACAACUCAAGUGUUUUAAUAAGCUCUUAGUAUGUUUUUUUUCAUCUGGUCAAGGUUGAGAAAGUUGUUUUUCCAGUCAAAUCUGCUCUUUCUUGCAGAAUUUGGUGAGAAAACAUCUUUGGUAAUGUUAUAAAUCCCUUGAAGUGAGGCAUUGUGUUUCCACAUGGCUGCUCUGUAACUCAUAAAUCUGGAAACCUGCUGCCUGCUCAGCCUCUCCUCUCCCUUUUUCUGUGAGUCCUCAUCGCUGCUCGCUCCGGCAGCACAAAGGGAGCUUGUAAAUAAAUAAAGUCAUACUUGGACAUUCCUUUG